CCGCCACCGCCGCCGCCGGCGCCGCAGCUGUAGGGGACCAGCGCGGGUACGCAGACGAAAGGCACUCUUUGCCAGCUGAAAGUUCCCACGGAAAAACUACCAUCUCCCCAGCCCACCAUGGCGGACGAAAUUGAUUUCACUACUGGAGAUGCCGGGGCUUCCAGCACUUACCCUAUGCAGUGUUCGGCCUUGCGCAAAAACGGCUUCGUGGUGCUCAAAGGACGACCAUGCAAAAUAGUGGAAAUGUCAACUUCCAAAACUGGAAAGCAUGGGCAUGCCAAGGUUCACCUUGUUGGAAUUGAUAUUUUCACGGGCAAAAAAUAUGAAGAUAUUUGUCCUUCUACUCACAACAUGGAUGUUCCAAAUAUUAAGAGAAAUGAUUAUCAACUGAUAUGCAUUCAAGAUGGUUACCUUUCCCUGCUGACAGAAACUGGUGAAGUUCGUGAGGAUCUUAAACUGCCAGAAGGUGAACUAGGCAAAGAAAUAGAAGGAAAAUACAAUGCAGGUGAAGAUGUACAGGUGUCUGUCAUGUGUGCAAUGAGUGAAGAAUAUGCUGUAGCCAUAAAACCCUGCAAAUAAAUGGAAACAUCAGGCAUGAACACUGUUUAGGUCUGAAUCAACUGCAGAUCUAAUUUGGUUCUAAGUUGUCACCAAAGCUAUAGCCUUCAUAAGCAACCUCAUUUCUUUUUUUAAUUGUUUUCAGAAUGUGCUGGGUUAGUUUUGCAAGCAAUCGAUAAUUUUUAAAAAUUAUCAAUAUGUAUAAUUUUUUUUUAAUUUUGUAGGUAUGUUUCCUAUAAUAUUCCUGUGGUUUUCAGUAUGUCAGUUCAAGAAACAAACAAGAUAGCUUCAGCAGAUGUGAUGUCUGAGCAAAUCAUUCCUGUGUUUUAGUUAAAUGAUAAACCAGGGUUUUAAAUCAAACAAUGUAGCAUAAAGUGGUAUUGAAGUACCACAUUUAAGUUGAACUACUCUGCAUUAAUUACAGAUUUAAUAUUAAAUGAACUGAUUAUGUACUGGAAUUGUUGCAGUUUCAGCCGGUGUAGGGCAAACACAAAUCCUUAAACAAAAAUCAUGUUAUCCAAAAGUGGCAGUUAUUUUGGCGGCCACAUGCAACCACGUAAUUACUUUGGUCAUACUAUUUAUCAAAUUGUUGGCAAACUUGAUGUAACCUUAGAUGGUGGGUUUAGUCCCUUCUUAUGGUUGGCAGAAGGGCACUGAACUGUUGGGUGAAAGUUAGCAAGUAAGAUUAUAAGGAAGACACAAAAGACAGUGGCAGAGAGGGUUCAUUAAAUCUAUACAUUUUUAUGUGAGGACUUUGUAAGUCAGUAUAAAAAUGAAGUUGCUUUUCAGUUGUUUUUGCUUUUAACUUUGCCCCCAACAUAUAAAGGGAGUGAUCUGCUUUACAGGAUACUAUGCAAUGCUUGUUUUCCAACCAUGUUGAAUAAAUACUACUAUUUAUCAGUAAAUACUCCUUUCCAACUUUUUCUUUUUUUUUUUUUUUUUU